AUGGCGCAGGGAAUAUUCAAAUCUAAACCAGCGAAGGCUACCACAACUUCAAGCCGGCGUCCCAAUGUCUUAGGUCCUAAAAAAGGAGCGCGCACUAUUGUGCCGCGCAAGCCUGGUCUCGUGCGGCAAAACAAGUUGACUAAGAAAUACUCAGCUGGCCUUACCGCUUCAACAGAGAGAACACUUGGUGCGCGCGUUGGACAUCUCGAGCUCCUUGGCGGCGGCAAGGGAAAGAAGACACGCAAUCAGAAAGAGAACCCAGGGAAGAAGUUGACACAAUCCAAGGACGCCACCAAAAACUCAUGA